CCUUUCUUCCCGAGAGCUCGGUGGGAAAAGAAAAGCAACGAGGGCUUCGCGGAAAUCUCUCUUUCUCCUCCUCGCGGCGGAGGGCUUCCUCUCUUCGUCGAACGGGGGAGAGAGAGAUCGACGGUCAGUUAAUUGGUUUUCCUUCCUUUACUAUCUAAUCGAGAUGGCACCGAUCUCUAGGGUUUCGUUCUCCGUAGCCGUCGCGGCUCUCGUCUUCGCCGUCGUCUUCCCGGCCGUCCAGGCUCAGGCCCCGGCCCCGGCGCCGACCAGCGAUGGAACAGCUAUCGACCAAGGUAUUGCCUAUGUGCUGAUGUUUCUGGCCCUGGUCCUCACCUACCUCAUCCACCCCUUGGAUGCCUCCUCUCCCUACAAACUCUUCUGAGCCUGCUGCAGGGCUGGAUUCAUAGUGAGCGAGGGGAGAGGGUGAGGGAAUCUGGUUGUUGAAAUGCUUGAUAGAUGUAUGGGAAUGCAUCAUGUUGUGUUAUGUGGAUUUGUGGUUGGAUAACUUUUAGUGGUAUCAUCAGGAUUUUACCAUCCCCUCUUUGCCCCUUA